UGGCCUACGUAUCGAUGGUGGACAUUAAUGCAAACGGGCUCUGUGGCAGCUGCUUUUUUUCGUAAACGAAAGAAGGGGAUCGUCGAGUUUUCAAUGAGCAAAGGGGAAGGAGUUGGCGAGCAAAUUUCCUUCUUUUGUGUGUGUGUGAGAGAGAGAGAGUAGUGGCUGCCCACGAACUCAGCGGGUCAACAGGCGUUCCCCUCCUUACCCUCGUUUAAAAACCAGAACGGAAAAUUUGUAGUCGAUCACCACAACGUGCCCCCUCUCCCUCUCACCUUCCCUUUCUCUCUCUCUUGCUGUUGGUUGAUAGAAGGUGGCCGUUUCAUUUCCUUUCGUUCUCAUCCCCGCAAAUCUCUCUCUCUUUUCUCUCUCUCUCUGGUUACCAUUGCCAUCAGCUGAUGCUCUUCCAUUUCCAUGUAAAAUUCUGAUCAAUAUUCUUGCCAUAUUACCUAUAUUGCGAGCCAUUGAUCAUUUCGGAGUCUCUUUCUUGUUUCUGUCGCUGAACAUGGCCGUCUGGAUUCCUUUCCUGUGACAACGUUGGGCUAAAAGUAAGGGAGGAGCAACCACAGCAACAGAGCCACCACCCUCAAAUGGACACGCCUGACAAAUCUUCCCCGGUUGCCGGCAAGUCAGCGGGCAAGCUGACCCCAGCCCCUAGACUUCGGUCGGUGUCGUUCAGCGAAAAGGACGUCGAGGAAUGGGAGCAUCAGAAUUACGAUGAGCCUCUCGGUGACCAGGGGAAAGAGAGGGAAGAGGAAGAUGGGGCUCUCGAUCUCGCCUCGGAGGAGCUCGGAGCUUUCCUCUCCGGCCUCGACCUGGCCGGUGGCGCCGAUAUCCCCGAUUGCGCCGAGCGGUUUGUUGAUGGCCUCGCGAGGAGGAUAGCGACGUACGAGACCGGCGCCGAGAAGAUCGACUGGCGUCGGGAUUCCAGUUCGUUUCUCGCGCUCGUGGCGCGCCUCAGGGCCUUGGUCGAAGCGCUGUCGUCGGGGAAGGGGAGCGGUUCGCCGCUUGCCGAUCAAGCAGGGGCAGUUCUCAAGCGAGCCAUGUCGUUCCUCGAGGAGGAAUUCCGGACUAUUCUCGAGGAGCAAUCGAACUGCGAGGACGAGGGACCGGAACCCGCUGAUCGUAGCCCGAUGCCCACGGCGCCAGGGUCGCCAGAAAACGCCAAAUCUGUCCCUUAUGAACCGUACCCGCCUGAGACGGCGGCUAUUCUUGGGCAGAUAUCUAAGGUCAUGACGGAGUCGGGCUACGAUACAGAGUGCCGCCAGGUCUACAGCAUCGCCCGCAAGGCCUUCCUGGAGGAGGCCAUCUCGGAGAAGAUGGGAAUCGAGCGAGUCGGAAUAGAGGAGGUGCAAAAGAUGCCGUGGGACGCUCUAGAAUUGGAGAUCGCUAAGUGGGUGCGUGCCUUCCGCCGGUGUCUCGGCGUCUACCUCGCCGGCGAGCGCCGCCUCUGCAAUUCUGUCUUCUCCGACUCGACGCCCGUCUCCCAGUCCCUCUUCGCCAACCUCGCCCGCGGCGUCGUGAUCCACCUCUUGAACUUCGCUGAGGCCGUCGCCAUGACCCGCCGGUCCACCGAGAGACUCUUCAAGUUUCUAGACAUGUACGAGGCGUUCCGAGACGGACGUUCUCUCGUCACGGAGCUCUUCGACAGUGAGCCGUGUUCCGAGAUCAGGUCCGGUAUCGAUUCGGCUCGGAAGAGAAUUGGCGAGGCUGCCGUCGCCAUCUUCGGCGAGCUGGAGAGCUCCAUACAGGGCGAAUCGGCCAAGACGCCUGUACCUGGAGGAGCGGUUCACCCGCUCACCCGGUACGUGAUGAACUACCUGAAGCUGGCGUGCGAGUACAAAGAGACGCUAACAGAGGCCUUUGAGGAAUGUCACCCGGAGCGAGACGAAUCGGAGUCGAGGUCGGCUCUCUCCGUGGAGGUUCUAGGAUUAAUGGAGCUACUCGAUGCCAAUCUAGAGGCUAAGUCCAAGCUCUACAAGGACCAAUCUCUGAGCUACAUUUUCUUAAUGAACAAUGGCAGGUAUAUAGUGCAGAAGGUGAAGGGUUCAGAGAUAUACAGCCUUCUUGGUGAUGAUUGGUACAGGAAGAGGUCCUAUGUGAUGAGACAGUACCACAAGAACUACCAGAGAGAGACAUGGGGGAAGGUCUUGGCGUGCUUUAGAGAUGAAGGGUUGCAUGUUGGUGGCGGUGGCGGUGGUGCCGGAAGAGGUGGUAACAGCGGUCCUAUUUCAAAGCCCGCACUAAAGGAGCGGUUCAAGGUCUUCAAUGCCAUGUUUGAGGAGAUACACAAGACUCAGUCCUCUUGGGUCGUAAGCGAUGAGCAGCUACAGUCAGAACUCAGGGUGUCCAUAUCUGCUGUGGUGAUACCGGCGUACAGAUCCUUCUUGGGGAGGUUCAGGCAGUAUCUGGAGGGCGGGAGGCAGAGUGACAAGUACCUCAAGUAUGGCCCUGAGGAUCUGGAGACGCUCAUCGAUGAGUUGUUUGAAGGCACUCCUGCCUCCAUGAACAAGAGGAGGGGGUGACGAUAUAACAGUAGUGGCAUGAUUCAUGGUGGUGAGGAUGAUGUUAGAAAGAGAAAAUUGAUUUGAGAGGUUGGACUUUCAAAUCAUUGGCUCUUUACUUUUCCCUUUUCUCUACAACCGUUGUUCUGAUCUUUUUGGAUUAAUAUGUAAGUAUACUUUUUGUA